AUGAAACUGAGCGUCAGCGCGUAUCGGGCGCAUGCAUCCGCACAUAAGAAGAUCCUCUCCAGCGGCUAUCACUCGCAGCUCAAUUACGGCAGCACUGGCGCCGCCGCCGCAUCCUCCUCCUCAUCGUCGGCAGCAGCGGCGGCCACUGCAACGGGCCUAUAUACGAUGGAAACGCACGAGCAUGGCGGCAAGUUUCCAAAGGAUAUGGCCAGGCUCGACUGCAACAGCGACACGGACGUCAUCAGCCCAACGGGCACCAGCAGCUCCGGCGGAGGAGGCGGCGCCAGCAAUGACCCAGCGGAUGGCGGCCAUCACAAGCGCCACCACAAAAGCGGCAGCGCGUCAGCAGCGGCUGCGGCGGCGGCAGCAGCUACCGCAUUGGCCAACGAUGAUGACAAUAACAGUGUGGCGCAUUCGUCGGACAGCAAGAGUCCCAGUCAGCGGAAAUCGCGUAUCGGAGAUGGAGCUUCAGAUCCAGAUUCCGAUUGGACACGCUCGAACCAACGCUGGAUGAAACUGCGCACCACCGUACAAAUCUCAUCGGCCAUACAGAAGAAACCACCGCUCAAGCGCGAAGACUCAUUCCUGAAGCGUUUCUCAACUAGACAGAUACCCGAAACACAGGAAACUGUUGAAGACACGGGUUCAGAAAGUGCCUCUGGUGACGUCGACAAAACGGUUAAGCGUAGACGACGCUAUCUGCAGAAACGACGCUCCGUUGUUAAUCCAGAUGAAAAUUUUUACUUCUAUUGGUUAAUGAUGUUAACUAUAUGUGUUCUCUAUAAUCUAUGGACCCUAAUUGUGAGGCAGAGCUUUCCUGAACUGCAGCAAUCUGUGCCUACCUUUUGGCUCAUCUGCGAUUCAAUGACAGAUGUUGUAUUUAUCUUAGAUAUAAUAGUUCAAUUACGCACAGGCUAUCUGGAGCAGGGCCUAAUGGUAUACGAUGACAGGAAGCUGGCCUGUCACUAUGUGCACUCGCGUGAGUUCAUCUUUGAUAUGAUAGCGCUGAUACCAUUGGAUCUGCUCCAGUUGAAGAUGGGCACACAUCCGCUUUUGCGUUUUACGCGCUUUUUUAAAGUAUAUCGAUCUGUGAGAUUUUAUUACAUCGUAGAGAGUAGAACAGUUUGGCCAAAUUUAUGGCGCGUUGUUAACCUAAUUCAUAUCCUGUUAAUAUUGGCCCAUUGGUUCGGUUGUUUCUAUUUUUUGCUCUCCGAAGCGGAGGGCUUUCAGGGUGAUUGGGUCUAUCCCUAUAGACCGGGUGACUAUGCGACGCUGACGCGCAAAUAUCUGGGCAGCCUUUAUUGGUCCACCCUGACGCUGACCACAAUUGGGGAUCUGCCGACGCCAGAGACGAAUGCAGAACCGAACUUUUCGGUGGACGGCCCCCGAUCAAUACCAAGGCGUGGCAUCAAAUCACGACUGCUACAGUUUGGCUCUAGCUAUGGAUAUAUUUUUACGAUCGUUAGCUAUUUGAUUGGGGUUUUUAUCUUUGCGACUAUUGUGGGCCAAGUGGGAAAUGUGAUAACAAAUCGAAAUGCCAAUCGCUUGGAAUUCGAGCGUCUACUCGACGGGGCCAAGACCUACAUGAGGCAUCACAAGGUGCCCGGCGGAAUGAAGCGGCGGGUGCUGCGCUGGUAUGACUAUAGCUGGUCGCGGGGUCGAAUACAGGGCGGCGGGGAUAUUAACACUGCGUUGGGCCUGUUGCCCGAUAAAUUGAAAACCGAAUUGGCCUUACAUGUUAACCUAAGCGUAUUGAAGAAGGUGACCAUAUUCCAAGAGUGCCAGCCGGAGUUUCUGCACGAUCUGGUGCUGAAAAUGAAGGCAUAUAUCUUCACGCCGGGCGAUUCCAUCUGUCGCAAGGGCGAGGUGGCCCGUGAAAUGUUCAUCAUAGCCGAUGGCAUUCUGGAGGUGCUCAGCGAGACGGGCAAGGUGCUGACCACCAUGAAGGCGGGUGAUUUUUUCGGCGAGAUAGGUAUACUCAAUCUGGAUGGCCUGAACAAACGCACCGCAGAUGUGCGCUCCGUGGGCUACUCGGAGCUGUUCUCGCUGUCACGCGAGGACGUGCUGGCCGCCAUGAAAGACUAUCCGGACGCACAGGAAAUCCUGCAGACUCUCGGACGCAAACGCCUCAUGGAGGUGCGCUGCGUGAACAAGAAAUAUGCCAAGGCGCAAAGUGACAAGGAGGCUGCAGCCUAUGCCGCCGCCCAUCCGCAUCAUCCACAUGCUCACCCGCACCAUCAUCAGGUGCAUCAGAGCGACAGCAGCGAGAACAGUGCCUCCAAGAAAAUAGUGGACAAGCUGAAGCACGAUGUGAAGGGCUUUCGCAAUGUGCUCAAAAAGUCCAGAACCUCACGCAAGAGCGAUGAAUCACUGGAAAUGCAACCGCUGCACAAUACCUCGCCGCGUGGCAGCAAGAUUAUGUUGAAACGCAUGUCACGCGUGCGCUCCGACGACAAGGAUGCGGAUAGCGCCGAGGCGAAGGAUGAGCUGCAUGACAAAACGCCCAGCCCCAUUGGGGCCGGCCUGCCGCUGCUGCAGCGCCUGCGCCUGCUCAAGGAGAAGCAGGAAUCGAUACAGGAAGAGCCCGAACGCGAGUUUAACGAAGGCUUUCCCCUGAUCCAGAGAUUGCAGCAGUUGAAAAUUAAAAACGAGCCACAAACGAACGCGAUCAGCGAGUCCGUCGGCGUCGUCAUGGCACACACGCCGCCCAACAUCAGCAGCAAGGUGGACUUCGGAGCAGCAGCAGCUGGUGCGACAGGUGGUGCAACAGGUGGUUCAGGCACAGCUCAAACGCUGACCGUCGCCCAAAUCAAGCCCAUCAUGAAGGUCUCAUUUAAGCAGAAGAUACAACAGCUGCAGGGCGCGGUGCCGACCGUGGCAAGCGGCAGCAUCACCGUCAGCACCACCAGCACCACCGGCGCCAUAGCCAAAAAGGAGCCACCCAAAUCGCUGGCUGUGGUGGCCAAGCAUGCCAGCUCAGGGCUGCCACCGUUGGAGCCGGCGGCCGGUGCAGUGGCUGGUGGCCAGCCGAGAGUCGCCGGCAUGUCGAGGAAAGUGAUAAAACCGUCCCAGAUGCUGGUCACACCGCUGCAAUCGGAUACGGAUACGGAUGGCACGCCCAUCAAGCCCUGGUCCAAGCUGAAGCUGGCCACACUGAUGUCGGCCAGCUACACGAGCCUGAACAACUGCUCGCCAGACGAUCUGGCAACGCCGCUAAAGAACUAUUCGUUAAGCAAUAUACCGCAGCACAUGGAGGGCACGGUAAACGCUCGACCGCGACAUCACAGUGCGCGCAGCUCCCGCUCGCCGCGUCACGCUCACGGUCACGCACAUGGUCACGGUCAGGGUCACGGUCAGGGUCAUGGGCAUGGCCAUGGCUCCAGCUCGAGCACGUGCUCGUCGAGCGCCCGGAGCACAUUGAGCAGCACACGCGAAUGCCUACGACUGCAGAAACCGGAACAGAAGCUGCCCGAGGCUGAGGCAACCGGCCGGAAGCUCUAUCAAAGUGUUUUCGAUCUAUCGCCGGAAUAUUGUGGACUGCCGUUCGUUAAACGGCUGAAGAUACUGAAUGAGCGCCAGAAGCUAGCGGAACUGGAGAAAGCGCUGCAGACGCGCAGCUUCAGCCUGGACUGCUCCAAGUCAAGCAGCAAUAACAACGAAGUGCCCAUUACGGAGUCAUUAUAUCGCUGCUAUAGCGACACCUCCGGCAUCUACUCACAGUUUCUGAGCGCCUACGAGUCCACCACCAGCUCCACAUCCAUUUCGACCAAUACAUCCGCAUCGGAUAGCAAUUCUAAGCCGCACGCCCAGGCGCAUGCGCACCAGCUGGAGUACAUGCCCCUCAGCCCGGAAUCGAAUGAGACCGUCGAACGGCGCAAACUGAAGAGCAUACUGAAAAAGCUGCAGAAGGGUGGUGCAGCUGAUCAAGCUGGUGGUUGUGGUGGUGUCGCAGCCGAUGGUGAUGCCCAAGACGAGGCGAAUGCCAAGGCCAGUAGUGCACCAUCGAGGGGGCUGCUCAUGGAGCCGACCUUGGAAGGCCCGCCCCCCAGUGCCAAAGAGGAGCUGCACUUCGCUGCCCUCGGUGGUGCUGUCGCCUGCCCAAACAAUUCGCAAUACGCGAACGCGAACGCGCUCACGCUCGGUACGGUCACGGUUACGGGUAACGGUACGGAUAAUAAUAUGGCAACGCCAACAACGGUACGGCCAGCAAGCAUAAUGCUGCCAGAUCCGUCUGUCUGGUCGCCGACGUUGGCAUUGGUAACGCCAACGAAUUCGCCGCAAGAAUGUUUCGCAUUUGAGACGCAGCUGGGCGGCGGCGUUAUCGCUGGCGUUGGCAACGGCUCAGCAUCAAUCGCGUCCGCAUCCGCAUCGACAUCCGCAUCCGCAACCGCCUCAUAUGUGGUCGAGUGCUCCGCGUCGAACCAGAUACUCUCACAAAAUACCGAAUUUCAUGCACAAUCCACAGAUUUGAAUUUGAAUUUGCAGCUCCGCCAGAACACGAUGAAUGCCACAAGUCAGGCGGGUCAGGUCCCGAAAUUGGAAGGCUUUCCAGAGGCGCAGGACUACUUCAAUCAGAUAGUCAGCGGCAUCAAUCACGUGAUCAAGACGCACAUGAACGAAAUGCACUCAAAGCUCGAAUCGCAAUUCUCGAACAUGGCCGGCGAGGUGAGACGCCGGGACGCGAUCAUUGCCCAGCUGCAGCUGAAGCUGCGCUCCAUCGAACAGAAAUCAACGAUGGCAACCCCGACGCGUCGCAUUAAGCGGGAGAAGCUGCCUCAGCUCUCCGUGGAUGAUGACGAGCCGGCUGAGCAGGAUAAUAGCAGUUCGGGCUCCUCGGCCGAGCUGCUCUUCAUGCGCGGCGACUCGCUGGACACUGUGUUCACCUCGUCCCCGCCCAUCCAGGGCGGUCGGCGCAGCAUAUCGCCUGGACCCAGCCGGCAUCAUGCGGCCUCCGCCAAUGCGCUCAACUGCCCGAGCAGCUACUACAGCGGGCCGGGCACAUUGACGACGCGGCAUGCCCAGAGCCAGCCCAGCUUCUAUACGCCGCAUGGCAAUGGGCGGCACAGCAGCCGGGCGGGCGCUCUGCCCGGCUAUCGCGACUGGCUUGAGCAUGGGACUGCCAGUGGCAGCAGCAUGGCAGGAGGCGCUGCCGACAGCAGCAGCGGCGGUGGCUCUGGCAUGGGCGUGGCCAGCAGCAGCAGCGGCAGCGGCAUGAUGGUCUCCGAUGUGACGGGCAAUUUGACGCGUCUGUCGGACAGCGUCAUUUUGGACAUUGGCGAGAGCUCCAGCUCGAGUUCGUCGUCGAGCAAGCUAAACAUUGCCGGCGACAUCGACGACGAUGACGACGACGAGGAGGAGGCGGAGGAUGAGCUGAGCGGCGCGGCGCUGGUCACGGCGGCCACCAGCAGCGGCGCCACCAGCGCCGGCCACAACGACUGGGAGGUGCAAAUGCUGGCGGCCGAAAUGGAGCGGCAGGAGCGCAAGCGCGGCCUUUCGCUCUCCGACAAUUUGGGCGAGCUGCGGCAGUGCAGCACAUUCCUGCGCAGGCGUCGCAAGUUCAGCGACACCGAAACGGAGCACAGCGAAACGGAUCCGGAUGAACGUCUGGCCAGCACUGGCGGUGCGGCUUGCGCCGAUGUCGAUGCCACAUUGGGCCACGCGGCCAGUGGCAACGGCAGCAGCGGGAGCGGCAGCGGCAGCGGCAGUAAUCGACCGCGUGCAUCAAGCCUGGAUCAGUUCAACCUGCGCUAUGGCAUUGGGCGUGGCAUCUUUAAAGCAAUGAGCAUCGAUCGUGAUAAAGACAAGCUCUGAGAACUAUAAUCGCAGCAGGACGCAACCAGAACAACAACCACCCACAGCAAUAACAAGAACAAACAAUAAGCUAAGCAAUACGAGCAGUAUUACAAAAGGAACAACACACAACACACACACACACGCUCACACACACACUUCGAUAUACAAGACAGCAUAUAAAGAGGUAUGCUAUAUAUAUUCUAUAUAUAUGUUUAGC